GGCGGCAGCUCUUUUGCAUCGCCCAAGCUCCACCUGCAGCCUUCGAUUAGCCUGCUCACGAACGCUCUCCCGUAACUUGUAACUAUAGAUGCCACCUUUUCCUUCUGUGUUUGCAUUAGGCAGGUGUGCUCCGCAUAUCAGCACAUACGGUAACGUUGCAUCACAGUCUUUCCGCUGGCAGGCCACCUGUUUUACCCGACGAUCCUUCACUACUGCUGGCUUUGCACAUACAGCCUUUCAACAGUGUCCGGCGUUGCGUGACAACAGAGGCGACCUGAAUGCACGGUAUUCACAAGCAUCCGUGAUCAGAGGUCUGAACCAGAAUAACCAAGGUGGAAGAAGACAUUGCUCAUAUCAACGAACAAUGCACUGGCAUCAGCGCGAGGCAGAUAUUGCGGAAAGCAGUAUGGACAUUGAGAAAGGAAGAGAGGUGUUGCCGAAAAACGUCAAGCCAACGCAUUACGAUGUCACUCUCGAGCCGAACUUUGAGACCUUCAAGUUUGAGGGCAGCGUCACGAUUUCGCUUGACGUGAAAGAUGCGACGAAGUCAAUAACACUGAAUACCGUUGAUCUGGAGAUUCAUGAGACCAAGGUCUCAUCUGGGGACCGGACCAUCUCCGCAUCUCCAACUCUAUCAUAUGAUGAGGACAAGCAGACGACUAAGAUCGACUUCGAUCAAACUAUCCCUGGUGGGUCAAAGGCACAACUCUUCCUCAGAUUCACAGGCACCCUGAACGACAACAUGGUCGGCUUCUACCGAUCAUCAUACAAAGACCAAGACGGCACCCAGAAGUGGCUCGGUACCACGCAGUUUGAAGCAACCGACGCACGCAGAGCCUUACCAUGCUUCGACGAGCCUGCGCUGAAAGCUACCUUCACCGUGACCCUCAUCGCGGACCACAACCUGACGUGCCUCAGUAACAUGGAUGAGGCGAGCGUGAAGGACGUCGAGUCUCCCUUUACCGGCGCAAAGCGAAAGAUGGUGACGUUCAACAAGACGCCAUUAAUGUCUACCUACCUACUAGCGUUUAUCGUCGGCGAGCUGAAAUGCUACGAAGACAACAGCUUCCGGAUACCGGUGCGAACGUAUUUCACGCCUGACAAGCCCAUCGAGCAAGCCAGAUACUCUGCCGAGCUUGGCGCAAGGACGCUGGCUUUCUACGAGAAGGAGUUUGCGGCGCCCUUUCCCCUACCGAAGAUGGACCAGGUAGCCCUUCCGGACUUUGCGGCAGGUGCGAUGGAGAACUGGGGUCUUGUUACUUACAGAGAGAUAUAUCUGCUGUUCGACGAGAAGACAGGCAGCGCGAGUACCAAGCUACGCGUUGCGGAAACCGUGAUGCACGAGCUGGCGCAUCAGUGGUUUGGCAAUCUUGUAACGAUGGAUUUUUGGGACGGCCUUUGGCUGAACGAGGGCUUUGCGACGUGGAUGUCGUGGUACUCGUGCAACGCGCUUUAUCCGGAAUGGAAGGUCUGGGAGUCGUAUGUGCCGGAUACUCUGCAAGGUGCACUUAGCCUUGACAGUCUACGGAGUUCACAUCCGAUCGAGGUGCCUGUUGCUCGUGCGGACGAGAUCAAUCAGAUCUUCGACGAGAUCUCGUACAACAAGGGUUCGUGUGUGAUUCGGAUGAUAUCGAAGCACCUCGGCGAGGAUGUGUUCAUGGAAGGGAUUCGUCGAUACAUCAAGAAGCACGCUUAUGGCAACACCACUACGACGGAUCUGUGGGAAGCGUUAAGUGAUGCAAGUGGGCAAGACGUUGUAAGAGUCGCAGAACUAUGGACGAAAAGGAUCGGCUAUCCGGUCUUGUCGGUCAAGGAGGACGCUCAGAGCAAGUCCAUACAUCUGAAGCAGAACCGCUUCUUACGAACAGCAGACGUCAAACCUGAAGAGGACGAGACAAUCUGGCCUGUCUUCCUUGGCUUGCGCACGAAGGAUGGCGUGGAUGACUCAUUAACACUGGACAAGCGAGAAGGGACGUUCAACGUGCCUGAUAUGGACUUCUACAAGCUCAACGCCGACCACUCCGGCAUUUACCGAACCAGCUACCCUCCGGAGCGACUACAGAAGCUUGGAGAGAACGCCAAGGCCGGAUUGUUGACGGUGGAAGACCGCGCCGGCAUGAUUGCUGACGCAGGUGCUCUGACUUCUGCUGGCUACCAGAGCGCUUCAGGGGCGCUUUCGUUGUUCCAAAGCUUCAAUACCGAACCUGCAUUUGUCGUGUGGGACGAGCUUACUGCGAGAGUGGGCUCUCUUCGCUCUGCCUGGGUGUUCGAGGACGAGAGAGUCAAGGAUGCACUGAAGGCAUUUCAGCGUGAUCUGGUCAGUGGUAAGGCCCACGAGCUCGGCUGGACGUUUUCUGACAAGGACGGGCACAUCGAGCAACAAUUCAAAAGCCUACUCUUCGGCAGCGCAGCUUCUGCGGGCGACGAGAGGGCCAGGACCGCUGCUUUCGACAUGUUCGAGAAGUUUAUCGGUGGUGAUCGGUCCGCAAUCCAUCCCAACAUCCGCGGCGCAGUAUACUCCGUUGUGCUGCAAUACGGUGGCGAAAAGGAGUACGAUGCCAUUGUGAAAGAAUACGAGACGACCAAAGACACAGAAGAGCGCCUGUCCGCACUCCGCUCCCUUGGCCGAGCUAAGGAUGACAAGCUAAUCAAGCGAACCCUCGCCUACGCUCUUAGCAAGGCAGUCAAGGAUCAGGAUAUCUACAUACCCAUUGCCGGCCUGCGAGCGCACAAGGAAGGUAUUCAAGCGCUUUGGGCAUGGAUGAAGGAGAACUGGGAAGCACUAAAGACGAAGAUGCCGCCUUCGAUGACCAUGCUGAGUUCCGUCGUUAGUAUUGCCACGAGCAGCUUCACCGAGCAGCAGCAGUUGGAUGACAUUGAUGCGUUCUUCACGAAGGUUGGCACGAAGGGGUUCGAGAGGUCGCUAGCGCAGUCUAAGGAUGCCAUUACGGCGAAGAUUAAGUGGCUGGAGAGGGACAGGGGGGACGUGAAGGCGUGGUUGAAGGAGAAGAAGUACUUGUAGGCAUCUGAUUGUACUCUAAUCACCGCGUAAGACAGUCAUUACACUGUACAGAGACUCUCAAAGCACAUGUGAAUUAGACCUAACGGAGUGGGUAUCAGUGGUACAUGGAUGCAGAAGGAGAGGCAUGUUGGCGGACAUUCACACUAGGGCGGAAUUCGUGGCAGCGAUCGGUGA